GGAGGCAGCGCUGGGCUGCGCCUGCAAUCGGUGCGUUGCCCCUUUAACUGUGUCCCCGGCCCUCGGGCGGCUCUGUCCAACGCCCACGUCAGCAAAUACCUUUUGUUUCUCUCCCGGUCGGGCUCUCGGGGCUGCGGGAGCGGCGCCUCUCCUGCAGCAGCGCCAGCCCCGCCGGGGGCCGGGAUCCCGCACCCACCGCCCGCUCCGUCGGAUCAGCGCCCGCAGCACCCGCCCGGGGAGCGGCGGCUCCGCACGCCGAGCAACGCUUCGUUUCAGCUGCUCUGGAAUGGAGAUUUCUUCUCACCAGUUUCACCUCUUGCAGCAACUGAAUGAGCAGCGCAGGCAGGAUUUGUUCUGCGACUGCAAUAUCCUGGUGGAGGGGAAGGUCUUCAAAGCACAUCGCAAUGUGCUCUUUGCCAGCAGCGGCUACUUCAAGAUGCUGCUCUCUCAGAGCUCAAAGGAGACCAGCCAGUCAACAACAGCCACAUUCCAGGCGUUUUCUCCCGACACAUUCACAGUCAUCCUGGACUUUGUGUAUUCAGGGAAGCUGUCUCUGACAGGUCAGAACGUGAUCGAGGUCAUGUCUGCUGCCAGCUACCUGCAGAUGACCGACGUUAUCAGCGUGUGUAAAACCUUCAUCAAGUCCUCCCUGGACAUCAGUGAGAAGGAGAAGGAUCGUUACUUCAGUCUAUCAGAUAAAGAUGGCAGUUCCAAUGGUGUGGACCGGUCCUGCUUGUACGGCUCAGGCUGGAGGGCAGAGGGCAGCCCCCCACAAUCCCACUUGAGUCCAGAGCAAGGGACGUGUAUGAUGGGUGGGAAUGCAUGGAGUGGUUUCAGCUACUACCCAACCCCUCCGAGGAACACCUCCCAGCAGCUGUCCAAGCACGAGCAGCGGCAGGACCCCGGGAAGAAGCCCCGACACCCGGGGCCACAGCCGCCCUCGGACAUCCUGCACUAUAAGCCCAGUAAGCUGGAGGAGAGGGCAGCUGAGCCCAGCGGACACAGUGCUCCGGCCGAGGAGCAAGUUCAGAUUGAAGCAGAGCCUGAGUCUCCUCAUGUGGGCUACCAGUACGGGCAGGGCUCUGAUGUGAUGCCGAGGAGCUUGGCUGUGCCGCAGCCGGAGCACGAAUCACCCCGUUCCUCCAGUAAAGUCAAGGCUUCGAAGGCAGAGGAGCAGUACACGAACAUGCCCACCAUCCUGGGAGUCAUGGGCAACUGGGCUGAAGCAGAUGAACUGCCCAGGAUGAGGUUCAAGUGCCCGUUCUGCACUCACGUGGUGAAGAGGAAAGCUGACCUGAAGCGGCACCUGCGGUGCCACACGGGGGAGCGGCCGUACCCCUGCGAGGCCUGCGGGAAGAGGUUCAGCCGCCUGGAUCACCUCAGCAGCCACUUCCGAACGAUCCAUCAGGCUUGCAAGCCCAUCUGCAGGAAGUGUAAGCGCCACGUGACGGAGCUGACGGGACAAGUGGUCCAAGAGGGGACAAGGCGUUACAGACUCUGUAACGAGUGCUUGGCUGAAGCUGGCAUAGACAGUAUCCGCAUUGACUUGGAGGCGGAAGCACCCCUGGAAUUCCCACCAGAUGGAGAGAAGGAUUCCAGGUGGCACUAUGGGGAAGAUAACAGAUCGGAUGUGGAGAUCGUGGAGGAUGGCUCAACCGACUUGGUUAUUCAGCAAGUUGAUGACAGUGAGGAAGAAGCAGACGAAAAGGAAGUAAAACCAAACAUUAGGUAGCUGCAAGACAAGAACUAGGAAUUCCCUGUCAGAGGGAGAAGGCACUGUCUUGACAAUACAGCCUCCACCAGCCUGUUGUUAACCAUAUGGAGACAGUGGUUCCUCCUGAGCAGGUCCAGACUUGCAUGUAUCUGCGAACAUGCUGUUGCAUCUGUCCUGAGUUCUGUGAUCAAAAGACCCAUAUUUGCUUCACCAGAGAUGAUCCAUCCUUAAAUCCUUACAAAUGGAUGAAGAAGAGAACUGAAGUACUACAUGGAUAACUGUACAGGAGACAAUGGGUCACUUCUCAAACCCUCUUUCAAGACAGUGAGGUCUAAAUACUUCACAAAGUCACACACCACGAGAUUGCCCAUUCUUUAAACUAGCAGCGAUGUGGGGUUUCAAUGUAACAUCAUCUGGUGAUGCCAUGAGUAUAAAUACCCUGACACCAGAAUACAAAGACAACCUCUCUUCAGUGUUCAGAAAUGACGAUGAUCUUCCAUGAAGUCUUCAGAUUAUGAUAAGGAUAAAAAGGCAGCUAAUUGACAAAAAGCAUAUCAAAAUGUUCUAGCACAUUUGUCUGGAAACACACUUUCUUGUAACCUUUCUUAGAGUCUGGAGAUUCUUUAGCAGAUGGUUCGUUCAAGACCUAUUUACAUACAAGAGAAUAAACACAUGAAUGUUAGUCCUAGUCAGCACAUCAGAGAGCAAGUGGUCACAGAUGAGGAUCAUUACUUGAUGCCAGUAGAUGUUCUGUUCAUUCUGGAAAUUGGGAACUCAGACUGGGCUCUCUUUUAAUAAGGACCAGUAAAAUACUGUCUGGUUUUUAAACACCUCUCAGAAGUGCCAGACUGCCAUGGCUGGUAACCCUGUGCUUGCUGAUGGCAGUGUCAGCCUCUCCAUGCCGCCGUGAAGGAAACAGUCCUUCAAGGUUACUUUAGUUGGUGUUUUCCCUUUGUCCCCUCUUUUAUUUGCCAGUCCUGGUGGCAGAGCAAUUUGUACAGUAUAUACCAUAACACCAGACAUGGAACCGAGGAGACCCAUCUGAAACCAUUGACAGCUCUUGUUUGUAUUGACCUGUGCUCAGGUUAAACUGGUGAGUUUUAAGAUGGAAUCAUUAUCAGUUUCUAUAUCCCCAGUGUCAUUCACUCACCAGGAGAAUAUACUUUAACCUUUCCCAGUCUGUACCAUAUGCCAAUGAGAAUGAGAUGUACCAGGAGCUCUAGACAUGAUAUUUGUGUCAUUUCACCUACAAUUAGACUCCAAGAAAUGACUAAAGGUGAAGAAAGUUUACGUCUAUAAUGAAACCAGCCACUUGGGUUUGGUACUUGGGGAGUUUACGGUAUAAAUGGGAGAGGAGCAGAACAAUGCUCCUGGGUGCUGCUACUCUGUGUUUGCUUGGGCAGACCCGAGCAUGAGCACAGCCUUCAUCCUGCAACCAUUGAACUCAUGCCUAUAGGCUUAGAAAACUUUAAUUCUUUUCCUUUAUACAAGUUUGUAAGCAUGUUUGGCUGAAA